UUCUCUGUCAGAUUCGAAACAGAAAAACACGAAACGAAACAAACCAAAAAACAGAGAGUUGUGUGUUUUUGUUGUUGGUGGUGUGAUUGUUUGACCUUAUUUCAUCUUCGCCUUGGAAAGUUCAUCAAUCGCACAGUCAUUCUCCUAAUCGAACAAGACCAAACCACAAAACUCCAAAUUUGUCUCCAUUUUCUCCGUUAUGGAGCGCAUCAAUCACGAUAAGAUGUCGGCGACAGUUCGUUAUGAUGAUGCGGAGCCAGAUAGUGAAGGUACAGUUGCAGAAUCUCGCUGGACGCAUAACUUGUCCUCUCUGCAAGAAGCCCUUCACCGACGCUACUGUAAUACCUGAAUGUCACCAUACAUUUUGCAAGAAGUUCAUAUAUCAAAAGUUUACGGAUGAGGGAUUGAAUAGCUGUCCAGUAUGCAAAGUCGACCUCGGUGGUGCUCCACUGCAGAAGCUUAGGCCGGACAAAACUUUGCAAGACCUAAGGGACAAAAUCUUCCCUUCCAAUAGACAAAAGGCAAAAGCAACUGAAGCGGUGCCGCCAAUCCCAUUGCCAACCAGAAGAAAGGAGAGAUCUCUUUCUUCUUUGGCAGCCAACAUGCCCAAAGGAUUGGUCAAGUCUACUCUAACUAGAGGAAUAGGAAAAUGUAUCCCAGGGAAAUAUUCUGCCCCAAAAGAACUGAAGUUUAACAUAGAGGAGGCUGUCACCGUUGUGAAAGAUUUAGAACUGUGCUUAAGCUCUUCUAAGAUUUCAAGCAAGAUUUUGACUGACAGAGAGAAGAAUAAUUUUGUUGUGGAGGCUUCUAUAGAUCACGUGCCUGAGAAUGCUGAAUCACAAGAAGAGAUAACUGAUUCUUGGAAGCCCUUAAAUCGCCUAGUUGAAGCUGCAACCAAUAUUGAGCUUAAUAAGUUGAAUUCACCACAGACUGCUUUCACCUUGAGCCUACCUGAUGCCCAUGAAAAUGGACCUCAAGCACCCAAAACCCGCAGAAGGCAACUUAGAAAUAAAUCUAAAGUUCAUGGGGAAGAAAGCAACUCAGCUCCUGAUCCACCAGGUUUGGCUAGACCUAAAAGAUCACGACAAAGAAGAGGAGCAACGUCAGAGGGAUCAAAUAUUUUGGCUCAAUCUAUUGUUAAUUCCAACAGCAUACUUGGCCAAAGAUUUAGUCCAAUUUGGUUCUCAUUAGUUGCUUCCGAUGACCAGGAAGGAGAUUUACCUUUGCCACAAAUAUCUCCAUGCUACUUAAGAGUCAAGAAUGGCAGUUUGCCUGUUUCAUUCAUCAAAAAGUAUCUCGUGAAGAAGCUGAAUCUUGCCAGCGAAUCAGAGGUGGAAAUCUCAUUGCGAGGGCAACCAAUGCUUUCUACAAUGCAAUUGCAUAAUUUGGUGGAGUUGUGGCAGCAGACAGCACAAGAAUCAGGAAGUAUACAGACAACGGUGGGCAGCUCAGCCAAAGAGUUUAUAAUGAUUCUGUCAUAUGGCCGAAAAGCUCCGCCAUAGUAGAGAUGUUGCAAUGGUGGUUGCAGUUGGUUAAUCCUACGCUGAUUUCAAUUCUCAUGCUCAAUCCGUAUCACCGUGCAUUUCCCGUGCAGUUAAACAUGUUGGGUUCUUUGUUUGUUCAACAUGCUUGUAGGAAAUUUGACACUAAAAGAUAGUUCUGAGCUAAAUUUCAAAUACAUAGCAUAUGUAGCAUAUACAGGUAGUCGACAGAUCCUUAUUAUUUGGGUCUAUGUGGUGAAUAAUGGCCCCAUCCAUUAAUUUGUGGAGGAAAACUUGAUACCUGACUAUGCAUGGAUGUUAGUAUUGCAUUAUGCUCCUAGUUAAGCUGGAACAGAGCAUAUCCAUUAAUUGUUUUUCAGUCCACAGUUCAUCAAGAUAU